GUCAGCCAGAUACCGGCGGCGUGGUUCUCUUCUUGUCAAACUCUCUCCCCUUCUCUUUAAAGCUCAAAGUAACAAAGGUCUGGUGGUGUGGCUCAAAAUGACGGAACGCAAAGGAACUGCGAAGUUGGACUUUUUGAGGAAGAUUGAAGUGGAAAUCCAGGAGAAAUGGGAGAAGGAGAAAACCUUUCAGCAGGAUGCACCGACAACUAUUGGGGAAAGCACAAACAAAAACAAGUACUUUGUCACCUUCCCCUACCCAUACAUGAAUGGCCGGUUGCACCUUGGCCAUACAUUCAGCUUGUCGAAAUGUGAGUUUGCUGUUGGUUACCAGCGUCUGAAAGGGAAGAAUUGCCUCUUUCCAUUUGGGCUGCAUUGCACGGGAAUGCCUAUCAAAGCCUGUGCAGACAAGUUGAAGAGGGAGAUGGAGCUGUAUGGCAACCCUCCGCAGUUUCCUGACGAAGAGGAAGAGAAGGAGGAGAAGCCAAAGGCAUCUGAGGAAAUCAUCAUCAAGGACAAAACAAAGGGCAAGAAGAGUAAAGCUUUGGCCAAAUCUGGAUCUUCCACUUUCCAAUGGGACAUCAUGCGGUCUUUGGGCCUGAAAGAUAAUGAGAUUUCCCAGUUUGCCAAUGCUGACCACUGGCUCGAGUACUUCCCUCCUUUGGCUGUCCACGACCUCAGACAGAUGGGAGUCAAGGUCGAUUGGAGGCGUUCAUUCAUCACCACGGACGUGAACCCAUUCUACGACUCCUUUGUCAGGUGGCAGUAUGUCACGCUGAGAGAAAGAAAAAAGAUCAAGUUUGGAAAAAGGUACACCAUCUACUCACCAAAGGACGGGCAGCCGUGUAUGGACCAUGACAGGCAAACAGGAGAGGGAGUCGGUCCUCAGGAGUACACUCUCAUCAAGAUGAAGAUGGUUGAACCUUUCACAGCAAAGUUCAAAUCCAAAGUCUUUUACAGCAGUGGCAUGAAAGGCAAAAACAUCUUCCUGGUGGCUGCCACUCUGAGACCAGAGACCAUGUUUGGCCAGACCAACUGCUGGGUGAGGCCAGACAUGAAGUACGUCGCCUUCGAGACGGUCAACGGAGACGUCUUCAUCUGCACCGGCAGGUCUGCCAGGAACAUGUCGUUUCAGGGCUUCACCAAGGAGAACGGAGUGGUGCCGGUGGUGAUGGAAAUCCUGGGGCAGGAUAUCCUGGGCUGUGCCUUGAGUGCUCCUUUGACCUCCUACAAGGUCAUCUACGCGCUGCCCAUGCUCACCAUCAAGGAGGACAAAGGCACUGGAGUUGUUACCAGCGUACCAUCGGACGCUCCUGACGACAUCGCUGCUCUCCGAGACAUCAAGAAAAAACAGGCUCUACGGGAGAAGUAUGGAAUUGAGGACAAAAUGGUUUUGCCAUUUGAGCCGAUCCCCAUCAUAGAGAUCCCAGGUUAUGGCAAUCUGUCGGCUCCUCUGGUGUGUGACGAGCUGAAGAUCCAGAGCCAGAAUGACAAGGACAAGCUGAUGGAAGCAAAGGAGAGGGUGUACCUGAAGGGAUUUUACGAAGGGAUUAUGUUGGUUGAGGGAUACAAAGGGCAGAAGGUCCAGGAUGUGAAGAAGCCCAUCCAGAAGAUGAUGGUGGAAAGGGGGGAGGCCAUGAUCUACAUGGAGCCUGAAAAGCAGGUCAUGUCCCGUUCGGUUGACGAGUGUGUGGUGGCUCUCUGUGAUCAGUGGUAUUUGGACUAUGGGGAUGCUGAGUGGAAGCAGCAGGCCACUGAGGCUCUCAAGUCUUUGGAAACAUUCUGUGAGGAGACCAGGAGGAACUUUGAGGCGGCUCUGGCGUGGCUGCAGGAGCAUGCCUGCUCCCGUACCUACGGCCUGGGAACGCGGCUGCCUUGGGACGAGCAGUGGCUGAUUGAGUCACUAUCGGACUCCACCAUCUACAUGGCUUUCUACACCGUAGCACACCUCCUCCAGGGAGGCGUGCUCAACGGACAGGGACCGUCACCACUGGGAAUCAAGCCAGAGCAGAUGACCAGGGAGGUGUGGGACUUCAUCUUCUUCAAGACGUCUCCCUUCCCGAAGACGGACAUCCCCAAGGAGCACCUUCAGAAGCUGAGGAGGGAGUUUGAGUACUGGUACCCCGUGGACGUGCGCGCGUCCGGGAAGGACCUGGUGCCCAACCACCUGUCCUACUACCUGUACAACCACGUGGCCAUGUGGCCCAAAGACAACGGGAAAUGGCCUCAAGCUGUGCGAGCGAAUGGGCAUCUGCUCCUGAACUCUGAAAAGAUGUCCAAAUCGACAGGGAACUUCCUCACUCUCACCCAAGCCGUCGACAAGUUUUCAGCAGACGGUAUGCGUUUGGCUCUUGCCGACGCCGGCGACACGGUGGAGGAUGCCAACUUCGUGGAGACCAUGGCCGACGCUGGCAUCCUGCGCCUCUACACCUGGGUGGAGUGGGUGAAGGAGAUGAUCGCCAACCAGAACAACCUGAGGACAGGACCAGCCGACACCUUCAACGAUCGUGUCUUUUCCAGUGAGAUGAAUGCCGGCAUCCUGAAGACGGAGCAGCACUAUGAGAGGAUGAUGUACAAGGAGGCUCUGAAGACGGGGUUUUUCGAGUUCCAGGCAGCCAAGGAUAAGUAUCGGGAGCUGGCCAUCGAAGGGAUGCACAGAGAUCUGGUCUUCCAGUUCAUCGAGAGACAGACUCUGCUGCUGGCGCCCAUCUGCCCACACCUUUGUGAAUACACCUGGGGUCUGCUGGGAAAGACGAGUUCUCUGAUGAAGGCCUCUUGGCCUGUGGCCGGGCCAGUCGACGAGAUCCUGAUCCGCUCCUCUCAGUAUUUGAUGGAGACGGCACACGACCUGCGUCUGAGGCUGAAGGCCUACCUGCUGCCCCCCAAGAGCAAGAAAGGUGACUCGAAGCCCCCAGCCAAACCUUCGCACUGCUCCAUCUACGUGGCCAGGAGCUACCCUCCGUGGCAGCACAGCGCCUUAUCCCUGCUCGGCAAGCACUACAAGAGCAACGACGGCGUCCUUCCCGACAACAAAGUGAUAGCGAGCGAGCUGGGAGCGCUGCCCGAGCUGAAGAAGUACAUGAAGAGAGUGAUGCCUUUUGUAGCCAUGAUCAAGGAAAACCUGGAAAAGAACGGACCCAGAGUGUUGGAUCUGCAGCUGGAGUUUGAUGAGCGCGCUGUUCUCGCGGAGAACCUGGUCUACUUAACCAACUCUCUGGAGUUGGAGCAGAUUGAUGUCUUGUUUGCAUCCGAGGGCGACGACAAAGUGAAGGAAGACUGUUGCCCUGGGAAACCAUUCAGCAUUUUCAGAUCGGAGCCUGGAGUCUGUGUCUCUCUCGUGAACCCUCAACCAUGCAACGGCCUGUUCUCCACAAAAGUGGACAUCCGACAAGGCGACACCAGAGACAGUGUGGUGAGGAGGCUGGCCAGGAUCAACAGACUCAUCAAAGAUCUGUCCAGAGUGAAGCUGAUGAGGUACGAGGACCCCGUGUCGGGCCCUCGCCGGGUGCCCGUCCUGGGCCACGAGGAGAAGGGCAAGCUGCCCAUCUCCAACACGUCUGUGUUCAACGUCAACCUGGAGGAGAAGAAGAUCACCCUGGCCGACAACGGCCUCACCGCCGACGUCGGGGACACUCUGGUUUAUCUGGUCAAUUAGAAAGAAAAAAAAAAAAAAACAGGCAGACACGCGAGGGCACAUUCAGCUGUCAGCUCUUUGGAAAUGACUCAAAU